AUGGCGAGACAAAAGAAGACAGCUUCUCAUGCUGUGAUGGAGCUGGAGAACAGCAAAGAUUGCAGCCAGGCCGGGAAGCCUCUCUUGUGCCCUUCCCAUCCCACAGAGGAGCUAAGGCUGUUCUGCGAGCAGUGUGACCAGCCGGUGUGCCAGGAGUGUGUGUUGGGCAGACACCGUCAGCACCCCUAUGACUUCACCAGCAAUGUCAUCCACAGGCAUGGGGACGCCCUGCGGAAGCUGCUCAAGAACACCCAGCAGCACAUGGACACCCUGGAGGAUGUGCUGAGCCAGAUUGAUAAGAUGGGCAGUGCCGUCCGCAGCCGCGCAGAGGCUGUGGCCACAGAGAUCUGCUUGUUUGCCGGUGGCUAUGUGCGAGCGAUUGAAGAGCACCGGGACCGGCUGCUGAAGCAGCUGGAGGACUUGAAGGUGCAGAAGGAAAACCUGCUGCACUUGCAGAAGGCUCAGCUGCAGCAGCUGUUGCUGGACAUGAGGACAGGUGUGGAGUUCACAGAGCACUUGCUGAUGAGCGGCUCCGAUCUGGAGAUCCUCAUCACCAAAGGGGUGGUGUCAAGCCGUCUGACAAAGCUGAACAGCGUUGCUUACAGCACCCACCCCAGCGUGGAUGACAGAAUCCAGUUCUCUGCCCAGGAGAGGGCAGGGCAGUGUUGUGGCUAUGCAGUUUUUGGGGCCGUUCUCAAUAAAGUGGUUGAUCCAGCCAGAUGUACCCUGCAUGGGGAAGGUCUCCACAGUGCCCGUCAGAACCAGCGGGCUGGCUUUACCCUGCUCUGCAAUGACACCACGGGGGAGCGGAUGGGGCAAGGAGGAGAGGCUGUGCAGGUCACCAUCACCCACAAGGACAAGAGAGACUGUGCGGUCAAGCCAACAGUGUGUGAUAAUGGUGAUGGGACCUACUAUAUUUCCUACAGCCCUGAGGAGCCAGGCUUGUAUGCUGUCUGCGUCUGUGUGAAAGGGCAACAUGUGCAGGGCUCUCCGUUCACUCUGACGGUGAAACACAAGUUCCGUGAGCACCAAGGUGUGUUCCACUGCUGCACGUUCUGCUCAAGUGGAGGGCAGAAAGCUGCUCGCUGUGCCUGUGGUGGGACCAUGCCAGGUGGGUACCAAGGCUGUGGCCAUGGACACAAAGGUCACCCUGGCUGCCACCACUGGUCGUGCUGUGGACAAGUGAAGCAGAGCUCAGAGUGUCUGGGUGGGCCACCCAGUGACACGUCAUCCAGGAGUUUGCUCAGGACAGUGGCGCUCUGAGCAGCCAGGUGAGCUCCUGCGAGCCCAGGGCGCUGCUGCUGGCUGCUGCAUGAGCACCAACCAAGAGGAUCCCUGUGAUCACUGCAUAGCCUCGCUGCCAGAAAACUACGUUGUGGUGGAUGUGACCUGAGAAAGGGGGAUAAGGGAAAAUAAAGUUGUGCCUUAUGUUCCA